AUGGCUAAUUUUGAUUUUAUCCAGUUAAAAGACCACAAAUCUAAUAAUGACCCAAUUAAGCUUUUUACUGUUGAAGUUAAGGAUUUGAUCACAACUGAAGAAAUUAUGAUGUUGGGUGAAUUAUCAAUGGAUGAUUAA